AUUCUUAUAUUAGGCACACCGUAUUCGGGAACUAGGUCAAAUUUUUAUUUUAUUUUUUUAUUUGGUGACGGUUUAACUUACAAAAAAACUGAAAGCAGAUUCUUAUUCUGCUACUAAAGGACUAUAAAAAUAGCUGUGAUUCUUUGAAUUACCACUCAUAGUCAAGAUUUUAUUUUAAAAUAAAUCAGGUCACUUCAUGCUCCUAUAAUAAACGCAGUUUUUGUGCUUUCUCCUUUAGCGCACAUCGAGCACCGUUAAGAAACACCACUAUGUUAUUGCUAAUAAAUUAUAUCUGUGUUAAUUAAAAAUUAUUUAGAUUGUAUUAAGAAGUAGAUUCACUUCUGCAAUAUGUAUUUAUAGUAUAUUGUCUCUCUAUAUAUCAUAAUAUAUGCCUACCUAUAUAAUAUAUGUGUAGAAACAGACAGAAAUAAAUCUCUAUAAAUCAUAGAUCUAUAAAUUAAUUAUUAUAAUUUAAUAAACAUGAUAUUUUCAACUAGGCUACAUGUAUUCUCUGUCUCUUUCUUUUAAUUCCCAUCCAAGGACCCUCUUCUUUUCAUAUUUUGGAUGUUUGUUUUGUUACACCUUAACAUCCCCUCUCGCCCAUAGAUGCUUAUAAUUCUUUUCAUGACUCUCUCCCCCUUCCCUCCACUGCCUGUAUGAUAGGUUGUGACGCUACACGCUUAGUGUAUACCUCUCCUCACCACCAGCACUCGCCUGGUGUGAUCACCUGCAGUGGGCAUGGUCUCUGGCUUCAAAUUAGCAGCCCGCACUUUUUCUUUCAUUCAUAAAUUAUAUAUUCUAGAUAUCUCGAUCUAGGUCACUUUUAUUCAUUGAAAAAAUCAUAGAUUUAUUAAUCCCAGUAAUAUUUCUUAUUACGAUUUUGCCUUGUGCACUAUAGGAGAAUGUGUUUAAUUCAUUAUUAUUCAUUGAAACACCUCCUUUUUUAAUUUUAUUUAACAGCUAACAGUAUGAAUGAGAUUGGAAUGUCUUUCUAAAGAUGUUUGGAAGCUUAUUUUGAUAGAUCCACCAGCCUACGAUCAAACAGGCUCAUAAUAUAGCCUUCAUCCCUUAUAUGGGUAUGAAUUGCCGGGGGAGGUUAAAACAAUAGCUUUACAUACUUGGUUACAGAGAAUCUAAAAAACUGCCAUCUGCUUUGGAAAAGGGGAACAAAAAUACAGGAACUUAUCUAAAAUUGGACAUGCACUGUCCCGAAACAUUGUUUUUAGCUCCAAACAUCAAAACAAAUUAAUUAUAAACAAAAAAAAGCAACGUGUUUCUUAAAGGAGAAUGCGAUGAGCUGUGCCUAAUAUAAGAAGCUACUAUAUAGAUCUAGAUCCUACUUAGGUAACUUAUAAAUAAUUUAAAUAUUAAUAGAUCUAUAAAUUCUAUAUCAUAAUAAAUCAAUCAUAUAUUUUAUGAUAUAGAUCUAGAAUAGAUCUAGAAUUAUACUUAUAGACAUAGACUCUAUCACUCUUUCACAGUUGCUCAGUUACUGAGUUAGUUGUGUUAGACUGACUUAGACUUUUUUAGAGUUUUUUUGAGUCUUAGACUGUUACUCACUGUUAGACACUUGACUUACUCACUUGAAUUAGGCUUACCCUUAAGGUAAUUUCCGCUUUUAGCUGGCAUAUUUACGUCUCUAGGCAGCACCUGGCAACCACUGGCCAGAUUUUUGCCAUGUCUAACUCUAAGCGUUGAAUCAAUGCCAACCAAAAUAUUUAAUGUAGUAUUAGUAUGUACUAGAUUAAGGUGAUCAGACAUCCUAUUAGGCCUGACAAUCUGAAUCCCGCUUUGGACCGCCUGUCACGGUUUUCAUAAAAUGUCAGGGUGGGGCGUCAAUGUCCCACUUUCAUAAAAGAAGUCAAUUAAGGGGCGCUUUUAUUUUAAAAUCUUUCUUAAUCUUUUGACUAAUAACUUAAAAGUACCGCACUGUGGUGUUUUCUUCUUGAUCCUAUUUCAUGUUCGCUACUUUGAAGGAUCCUGUGAGGCUAGGGUAGUCCUUUUAUUUUGCAGCAUCCUGCCUUCUUAUCAGAAACUGAGGAGUUCCCUGAUUAGUAGCUUCCCAAAUUUGGUUUUUGCCUUCAACAUUGAUACAUUGAAGAGUUUUCCAGAGGAUCUUGUAUGGAGAAAUACACCUUCAUUUACUUCGUUGUAACACCACUGCUGACCACGAAAGGUGCUGAUUGGACUCCAUUAUUUCACUGUGCAUUUUGUUUUCUCAUGAAAGCGCUCAUCGAAAAACAGUAAAUUGGGAGGACAUCCUAUUUCUCUUUUGCUUGAAAAGGCUACUUCUGCUGACCAUGCCAAAGGCUUUAGUCAGAUCAACAAAAACGAUGUAUAAGAAUGUCUCUUGGAAUUUCUCCUGCAGUAGUCUUAGAGAGGAUAUCAUGUCUAUAGUGGAUCUCCUGAAUCCACAUUGAGACUCUGGUUAGACUCUACAAGCUAUCACUUGCAGCCUGAAUGGUGCCACUCUAGCAAAUAUUUUGCCAACUAUGCUGAGGAUGUUGAUUAAUUUUGCCUUGGAAUCUUUGGGAUCAACUGUAAGCAGUGAUAAAGUGUCUGUAGAUGGACAUGAAUGUACAAACCUUAUUAGCCAAGACUUGACCCUCAGGAGAAAAGGUUAUCUGGCAGAGCAUUUCCUAAGACCACCUGUGACCUUAACAUUUCACUUCCCAUGCAAUGUAUGCAUUCAUAAAGUUGUCCUUGUGCCGAGUGUGGGGCAACAAAAAUCUAAUCUCCUUGAAUUAUUGUGUGCUUCCCAGUUACAAUACAGGGAGACUCUACAUCUCAGUCAGAUGAAGAAAGCACACAUUGAAAGCAGAAGAGAAAGUCAUUCUAAUUCUUCAACAAAUUUCCCUCCACCAGUUUUCUACACAGUUUCAAAAGUUUUUUCCAAUGGAGAUGAGACAUGUUUUUAUAACCCAAAAGUUGUCAAUUUAAACUCAGAACUUGACACUUGCAAGAAACAGAUUGCUAUGAGACAUUUCAAAUCAGAAAUGUUCACAGCUGCUAGUCACUUGACUAUAAAAAUAUUAAGCACUCUCAGUGGUUCUGCUGCAGCUUUAAGCAAAAUUGAUAUUUGGGGCUUACCUUCAAACUCUGUACAAAGUCACCUAAAAGAAAAGAUUUUCACCAAAUAUGUUAAUUUCUUAAAACCUGAAUGUUCCAGCAGUUUAAAAAAUGAAAAUCAUAAACAAGAUUGUGGUGAUCUGAAUAUUUCACAGGGUAAAAUUGAAAUUCCAGAAGAAUUUUUAGAUUCUCUUACAUGGGAAGUAAUGACAAUACCUAUUUUACUUCCAAGUGGAAAGAACAUUGACAAAUCUACAUUGGAUACUUAUAUUGCUCAUGAGUCUGUUUGUUGCAAAAAACCUCGAGAUCCAUUUACUGGAAUAGAAUUUUCAGAUUCCAUUAAACCUCUCCCUAAUCUAGCCCUCAAGGCUAGAAUUGAUCAGUUUUUGAUGAAAAACAGCAGUGAUCAAAUAAUUGGGACUGUCCCAAGAACUGUGAGUGAUGGCCUUAGGACUCUUUUAGGAAAGCGGAAAGUGACAGGUCAGAGAGUCAAUCAGAAUUUAUUAUCAACUCCUUGCAUUAGUGAUGUUGACAGACACAAUACACAUAGAUUGCAUCAGACUAUUGUUAAAGAAUGUACUAUCAUUGUACCCAAUGCAGUGCCUGCAAAUACUGAUACUGGCAACUCAUCCCAUGAAACCCAGCUCAAAGACAGUUUAAACUCAGCGCUUUUCUCUAUACUCCAUGAUUUACCUUCAUCAGUGAAUGAAACAAAUGUUGAAACAAUUGAUGUGAAAUGUUGCUCUUGUGUACAAAAAUUGUCAAAUGAAACUAUUGUAUAUCAACUCCCAUGUUCUCAUGUUGUAUGUCGAACAUGCUUGUUUCUGUCUCCAUUAACAAUUUUUAAAUGUAGUUUGUGUACUUUGGGCUUUGAGAAAAAAAUGAUAGUAAGAAAACAUAUUUUAUAAAUGAAUCUUUUAUAAAACUUUCUAUUAUAUAAAAAAAAACUUAGAAUAUUAUAGAAUUAUUUUACAAUGUAAAUUAAAUUAGCUUGUUUGUCAAGCUCAUGUUCAAGAACUAACAAUAAUUGUGCAGCAAGGUCGUAUUUUGAAGUUGUUUACAAUUAGUUUAAAACUAAGGCAUUAGAAUUUGCCAUGUGCUAAAAAUAGAUAAGAUGGUUCCAGUCUCAAAUGUGUAUCCUGCGACCAUUGUAAGUGACCUCCAACUGUCUCGUUCUGAGGCCGCAUGCAACCAGGUGCUCUCUUCUAUGUCAGCUAAGGCUAGUUGGCGCCUAAGCUGGUCUUUGAAGCGUUUCCUUGGGGCGCCUCUGUUACAUCAACCACCUUGUAGCUCACCAAAAAAGACUGCCUUUGGCAAUAUGAUGAAGUGUGAAUGAUCAGACAUUGUUUGAAGAGAAAAUUAUUCAGAAUUUUAAUAGCAGUCUUGAUCACACAAUCCCAUUGUUAAAUUUAAAAGUAGUUUACUGUUAGUAGCUUUUUCUUCAUUGAAAUAAUAUUUAUAUUUUUAAAAAUGUUUUUAUCCUUGCAUGCUUGUUUCUUAGGCUUUCAAUCAAUGACUUUGUUGUUUCUUUAUAUCUCAUAGAAAUAACAAAUUUACAUUCCUUUUACUUGAGGUCGUAGAUAUCUCAUUCUUCUUGUUUCCAGACUUGUUUUAAGUUUCGGUUGUUCCUCAGAAAUUUUUCAAACCUCCUGCAUGAUGGCAGGGGAUGAGAGUGGGCAGGGUUUGAACUCAGGAUCAUUGUAUGAUAGCACAAAGCUAAUACCACUUCACCAUUCAGCCUUCCCAUACUAGUUUUGAUGCAACAAAAACACAUUAAAUAAAUCUAUUUUGUAAAUAUUCAAAAGUUUUGUUUGAAUUUAAAGACUAAAAAAAAUCCACUUUUUGACUAGGAUGAAUCAUUUUGAAAUGUACCUGGUAACAAGAAAACAGAGUUGAUGAUGUCAUAUAAUAUAAAAUAUAAUUAAUUAGUGAAGUAAAAUAGAAUUUUGUCUACAAUAUCAAUGACAUGGGUGACCAGUCAUUUCAUCCCCUAUUAAAUAAUUUUUCUUAGCUAUUGUGUAAUUGUUGUUAAGGCUUUGCCUUGAAGCCCUCAUUUCAUCUAAUAUAUAAAUAUAUUUAGAAUGUUUUUUGAUAAUUUUUGUACAGUUAUUAUAGUGUUCCCCCUCUUCUCUUCAUACUAGUUGAGAAAUGAAAUAAUAUAUAUGUAAAUAGGUUGAUAUAUUGUAAAGCUGGGGUUGUAUUUAGUUAUAUUGUUUCCAUUUGAUGUAGGGAUGUCAAUAUUAUCUUGAGCAUAUUGUAUUAAUUAACACUGAUUUCAAGAAAUAUGCUACACUGCCAAGAAAUUACAAAUAAGAACAAUCUGGUAUAAACUUUGUCACAUGUAAAUUAUGAGUGAGUCUGGUGUGAAUGCACACUUUGGUUUCUUAUAGUUAUAAUGUUGUUUGUUUGGUGUAAUGCACAAAUUGUAAGACAAAUUUCCUUACGGAUAAUAAAGAUUAUUAUUAUUAUUAUUAUAAUACGAAUCAAUGAAUUGUCUUCAGUACCUACUAUCAAUAGCCUAUCUUACUGAUUUCAAUUAACAUGCAAAAACAAUUUUUACAUUAUCUCUUUAUCAAUAGAUGUUACCUUUUUAUAUUUUUGAUGACAUUUUAUUAUAUUAUUUUUUAAUGUGUCAUUCUUUUUGUCAUGUAAAUGAAAAUAAAUAUAUGAAAUAUUGUUUAUUUCAUAUUUUUUUU